GUAACUAUCGUCAUGGGUGUUACCACUACAUUAAUCCUGAAUUAACCUAAAAUCGUGCGGAUAUGGCUAGCAACAUGUCGCAGGGGGCUUACGCCCCACUGCCGCAAUCGUUGAGCGAUUCCGACUCGGAAAAGGAAACGAGUGACCAUAACAGAUUGUCUUUCACAGCGAGAAAGCUGCAGAAUGGCAACGAAACGAGAAACGGAUAUCCUGUACCUCCUCACGUCGUGAACCUCUCGAGGAGGGAAGGUUUCACCAACAUGACCCGGGCAAGGAAGGUAGCCUUCAUAGCUUCAAUACUACUAUGUUUUCUAGUCAUCGUAGUUUUCCUAUGGAUUCUGCCCUGCAACAGUGAAGGCACCUGUCCUAUGAGGUUGAACAGUUGGAAGAACGAGCACGAAGGUUUAGAGUUCAAAGGGAAGAUUAACAUAGUCCAUGGCUUGUAUAAAAACAGUCUCAAUAUGGUUCUACUUGGCAAGAAGUCGAUUGUGUCUGAGAAUCAGCAGAGCGGCACUGUAGCUAUAAAGGUGAUUGAUGGAGAUCUGGCCUGGUUUGUACCUCAGAUACAAAUGCCGAACACAGUAGAUUGUGAGAUGAUUGAUCUCAAUGGUGAUAACAUAAAAGACUGUUUGAUCUUAAGCAAGAUUGGUUUGGAGGCUGUGGAUUCAGUGAGUGGGGAGAAAAUUUGGAAUUUGCACAAUGAAAAGAUGAUCAUCUCCAAUGUAGAUUUCCCACAAUUGCUGCCCGAUUUAAACAACGAUGGUACGAACGAGAUGAUCACAGUUGCUGAAAAGAGUCCCAAUCACAAUAGGCUGAUUGUAUUUAGCGGACUAACAGGGAAAAUGCUUUUAAACAUCGUCCUGAAAUCGUGUAUUAAUAUAUCGGAUUUCAAGUUCGUCGAUAACUACUUCAUUUACUUCUGCACGAACGCUUCGUUCAAGAACUACUUCAAAAUACAUUUCAGCGAGUUCCAAACGAAGUACGUUAACAACACGUACACCGUGAAAUCCGCUAAAAUCGACUACCAUCCAGAGUACAAAGAUGACGUUAUCUUGAACGGUCGCAGUUUAUUCGUUAAAAACGAGGGGAAAUGUCCCAAUUGCAGGGCGAGUUUAGAUCUGGUCAAUCAUUCGUCGAAAGUACCGAUUUGGACGAAGACUUUGGAGAAAACCUUUGCAAUGAGACCGGUCACCUUCUCGUUCAAAGGCACGCAAAACUAUCAGGCCUUGAAGGGACAUAUGAACGGAUUCAUAUUGAAGCUGUGGUCCUGGAAUCACUCGAACAUCACCGCGCAAAACAACGUCUCAGAAAAGAUAGUGCUUAUCACGUUCAACGACACCAACGUACACGAGAUCAACGUAAGCUACUCUCAGAUUACGCAGAUAUGCUUGAAGGAUGGACAAUGCCAACCCGAUUUCUCCGACGAGAACGACUCGUUAAUGAUAAACGACUUGGAUUUGGAUGGUGAACUGGAGUUGAUCAGUUACAGCAGCGGAUUCAAGUGUCCUAGGGAAUCGAUCGAAACUUGCAAGUUGAUUUCCAGCAUCGAAGUGGUCAGAUUGGAAGGUGAAUUGCCCAAGCUUUACGCGAGCAAAUAGUUUAUGAUCUCAACAAUUAUAUAUAUAUUUAAUCGGCAUCUAUUUUAAGCUUUGCACGUAAAUCGCAAAGGAAUUUCAAUUCCGUGCACUAUUUUUCAAUCAAAGUCUUAAGUUGGAUGUGUUGAAUUUAUGUGGUUGACACCUUUGAGUGUUGAUAUUUCAUGGUAUUUUAGAUAUGUAAGGACUUGUGAUUUAUUUGUUUAUAUCCAAUGGCUGUUGUAACUUAACUCUGAUAUUUAUUUUGUUUAUGUACACACGUAAUCUAGUCAAUAAAUUUUUAUCAUCGAC